AUGGUGAUUCUUCAAAUGUGUCGUGCAAAGAUAUGGGAGAGUUAUCGUGGGAGUAAGAUUAAAAUUUCUUUAGAUAUUUUCUCAUAUAAUUGUAACAAUCUCAACUUCAUACAAUGCCACGAGGGUAGAGACUGGAGUUCUUUGUGCCGCAGAUCCAAGCCUACAAAGAUAGGCUUUCAAGUAUCGAAGGAGAUAAUUCUUGAGAGUGUUGUGCCCAAAAAAUCGGAACUUAAGGAAUUGGCUGCUGGAAAUAUUGAUGUUAGGACUCUUGACUACUUUGUUGAUGGCAAAAUGAUUGGAGAGCAUUGGGUAUGCGCAAAAUGGUACAUCUCAUGCCUAAAGUGUCCAAAGAAGGUCAAACGUUCUGACAACAAUUAUCAUUGUGAAAAACAUGGGGAUAUCAAAACACCUCUCUUCAGGUACAAAAUUGAAAUGGAUGUUUGGGAUUUUACUGGAGACAUUUCCCUAAUUUGUUGGGAUCCCGUGUUCUCUAAGUUUGGCCACGAUAAUCUACCACCACUAAUAGAGGGUGUGGUUGCCUGGUUGAUCUUGGUCAAGCCGAAAGAAGUUAGUGGAUACUACACGGAAUCGGAUUUUCUGACCAUGCUGCAAAAGGAACUAGAAGAAGGCUAUGAAUCAGAAGAGGAAGUUAGCACUCCAUUAAAAGAGCAAAAGCUCAAGGAAAUCGUGGGUGAUAGCUCUUUUAAACGUGGCCUUUUUGAAGAGGGUUCUUCUUCUUCGAGGCCAUUGAAACAACAAAAGGUCAAUACGAACAACUGCGGGGUAGGUGACGAUACCACUUCUUCUUCUGAGGAUACCGAUGAGGCGGAUGCAUAG